AUGCUCAACAUGAGCGAGGAGCAGGGCAAGGGCGCGGCGGCGGCGGGGGGCAGCCCGGCGGGCACGGCCAGCUCGCCCUCGCGCGCCGACUCGGACUCGGACGCGCCGUCGUCGCCCGCCGGCUCCGAGGGGCCGGUGCCGCCGGUGCCGUCGGCGCUGUCGUCGGGGCGCAAGGGCGAGGCGGACGAGCGCUUCCCCGCCUGCAUCCGCGACGCCGUCUCGCAGGUGCUGAAGGGCUACGACUGGAGCCUGGUGCCCAUGCCGGUGCGCGGCCACGGGGCGCUGAAGGCCAAGCCCCACGUCAAGCGGCCCAUGAACGCCUUCAUGGUGUGGGCGCAGGCCGCCCGCAGGAAGCUGGCCGACCAGUACCCGCACCUGCACAACGCCGAGCUCAGCAAGACCCUGGGCAAGCUCUGGCGUUUGCUAAGUGAAAGCGAGAAGCGCCCAUUUGUGGAGGAAGCCGAGCGGCUGAGAGUCCAGCACAAGAAAGAUCACCCCGAUUAUAAGUACCAACCCCGCCGGAGGAAAAGCGUCAAAGCAGGGCAGAGCGAUUCCGAUUCCGGGGCCGAGUUGGGUCAUCACGGCGGAAACCAGAUCUACAAAGCGGACGCGAGCCUGGGGCCCAUGAGUGAAACGCACCACCACGCUGACCACGCAGGGCAAACUCAUGGUCCACCAACCCCACCAACCACCCCAAAGACAGACCUUCACCACGGGAGCAAGCAAGAACUGAAGCACGAAGGGCGCCGGCUAGUGGAAAGCGGGAGGCAGAACAUCGACUUCAGCAAUGUGGACAUCUCCGAAUUGAGCAGCGAGGUGAUCAACAACAUGGAGACCUUCGACGUCCACGAGUUCGACCAAUAUUUGCCACUCAACGGCCACUCCGCCAUGACGGCGGACCACGGGCAGAACUCCACAGCCGGUUCUUACGGGACCUCCUAUCCUCAUUCGGCCAAUGGCAGCAGCGGGGGAGCAGCUCCAGUCUGGACUCACAAGAACCCUUCUUCGGCGUCCCCUUCCUCCGCCGAAACCGGCCAGCAGAGGCCCCACAUCAAGACAGAGCAGCUUAGCCCAAGCCAUUACAGCGACCAGUCCCACAGCUCCCCGACUCACUCCGACUACGGAUCUUACAGUGCCCAGGCGUGUGCCACGACGGUGUCCUCGGCCACGGCCACCGCCUCGUUCUCCAGCUCCCAGUGUGACUACACAGACCUCCAGAGCUCCAACUACUACAACCCGUAUCCGGGUUAUCCUUCCAGCAUCUACCAGUACCCCUACUUCCAUUCCUCCCGCAGACCCUACGCGACACCAAUCCUCAACAGCUUAUCCAUCCCUCCUUCGCACAGCCCCACCGCAAACUGGGACCAGCCGGUCUACACAACUCUGACAAGGCCUUGAGAGGACCAAAGG